UGCAGCUAAGUGCCCUAAAUCCAAUCAGACAAUCAAUAUAAUACACAACCAAACUCCUAUGCAGGCAGCUCUCCAACCGGAGAUGAUCAAACCUAUUCCUGCACCUAAGAAUAAGUGAGUUGAAAAAACUGGUACUAAACCUACUGCGCAGAAAUUUACAGCUUUGGAAAAAGGUAAAGGAGUUACAAUCAGUGAUAAAAUAAAAAAUACAGCUCCUCAGUUGGAAGCCAAUAGGGUGAUGAGCAAUGCUUUGAUUAUCUAUGAUCAACCUUCAUCUUCCAAGCAACAAUCUCAGUUGGAAAUCACUUCCAAUUUUGUUGAGGAUGAUAUAGAUACUGAGGAGGUUUACCAUGAACCAUUUCCUGGAACCAUUGAGAAGCCUGCAAACACAUCAAACAAAGAAGAAAUUAAGGAGCUUCUUAAUAAGUCAGUCAAGGGUAUUGUACACAACUCAAUUAUUAGCUCAGUUAAGGAUGAUGCUCUCCUCAUUCCUAUGAAACAGCAGAUGGAUUAUGAUCCUGAAUUGGUGACUAAGGAAUACUACUCUGAUGGAGAGACAGAAAACAUCAAGGAACCUUUACUUAAUUGGCUAGUUGAUUGGCAGGAUAUAAAAAAUAAGGUGGAGGCAAUGGCUACAAAGCUGGAGUUAGCUGAUGAUCAAGUUCUAGAAGAAUCAAGGAAUGAAUCCCAGCCUGUUGAUAAUGAUUUGCAAAUGGAACAAGCCUCUGAGACUAAUGAGUUUAUCACAGUCAGCAGCAGAAAGAGCAAAAGAAGAGACAUAGCAGAUAGUGCUCCCAGGAUUACAAGGAAUGCUGCAAAAAAGAAAAAAGGGUCAGUAGUGUCAGGAUCUGAUUGUAGUAUCAGUUCUGUGGCUUCUCAAAAAUUAUCCAAUCUUUCUUAAUGAAUUGUUUGGUUUGGAAUGUAAGGGGGUUGGAUUCUGCUGCAGCCAGGUUAUGUUCUUUAAUCAGGCAAUGGCAUAUCCAUAUCCUAGUAGUUAUUGAACCUAUGGUCAAUUCUUCUAAGGCUGAUUCUUUAAAGAAAUGUUUUGGUAUGUCUAAUGUUUUACACUCUUCUCAUAAUAAGAUUUGGAUUUACUGGGACCCAGAUCAGGUUGCUCUGUCAGAUAUUUCCUGGCACUUACAAUUUGUUCAUAUGAAGAUUAACAGAGAUAGUUUUCAUGGUUGGCUUACAGUGAUUUAUGGUAAGCAUAACCCUUUGUGCAGAAGAGAAUUGUGGAAUGAGUUGAGUUCUAUUUCUAGCAAUAUGUCAGAUCCUUGGCUACUGGGGGGGUAAUUUUAAUGCUAUUGCAUCACAUAGUGAACACAAAGGGAGGUCCAUGCCUAAUUUGAGUAGUAUUCUGGAUUUCUCAGAUUGUAUAGCUGCAUGUAAUCUGAUCUCUCCUAACUACAAUGGACCACUAUUCACUUGGGCUGGAGUGAGAUCUAAUGGGUGGGUUUGGAGGAGAUUGGAUAGAUUCCUAUUUAAUUCUAGAUGGAGUGAUUCUUUUAAGAAAAUUUUGGUGGAUGUGUUGGAAAAAACCCCAUCUGAUCACAGUCCACUACUUAUUGCAUGCUUUGUUGAAGGUACUUGUUAUCCUAAACCCUUUAAAUUUCAGAAUAUGUGGACCCAUCAUGCUACCUUUCUUGACACUGUGAAGAAGAGUUGGGAUGCCAUUGAUACCUAUGGUGGCAUGAGGGGCUUUGUUCAUAAACUGAAGCAAUUAAAGCUGGAUCUUAAAUUAUGGAACAGAAAUACCUUUGGGAAUCUUUUUGAGGAUAUUAAGGUUUGUGAAGAUCAGGUUAUGAAAGCUGAAAGACUCUUUGAAAGCUGUCCAAGUGAAGAAAAUAUAGAAAAUUGGCAACAUUUUAGAGCUCUUUUUGCUGCUAAGCAUAAAUUGGAAAGAAAGUAUUGGAAUCAAAAGGCCAAUAUCAAAUGGCUCAAGGAAGGUGAUGCCAAUACCAACCAUUUCCAUUCUUAUGUUCAAACUAAGCACAGAAAACAUUCUAUCACUACAAUUAAUAAUAGCAGAGGGGAGGAAGUUACCAGUCAGGCAGAUAUUGGUGAUGCAGCCAUAACUUUAUUCUCUGACCUAUACUCUGUGGAUCCAGAUAUUGAUGCAGCUGAGAUUUUGAAGUUUAUCCCUCACCUGGUUUUAGAAGAGGAUAACAACAUGCUGAUUAACUUGCCAGAUAAAGAUGAAGUCAAAACAGCAGUGUGGAAACUUGAUCAAAACAGUGCUCCAGGCCCAGAUGGUUUCAAUGGGAAAUUUUUUAGAAAGUGUUGGCAUAUUAUUGGGGAUGAUUUGGUCAGGGCUAUUCAGGAAUUUUUUAUGGGCAUCCCUAUUCCUAGAGGGGUUGCAAGCAGCUUGGUGGUUUUGAUUUCCAAGGUGGAUAAUCCCUCUUCAUUUGGUGAAUUCAGACCAAUUUGUCUAUCCAAUUUCAUCAGUAAAGUGUGUACCAAAAUUCUUGUUGACAGGCUGUCAUCUAUUUUACCUAAGCUUAUUUCACCUGAACAGAUUGGUUUUAUGAAUAACAAGGAUAUUGUUGAUCAUGUUUUAAUUGCC